CAUAGGUAAAGGCUAUGUACUGUAGCACGUACUGGUAUUUCAACCAAGACAGAGCCUUUCCGUAUCAUCCGUCAACAUCACAGGUUUUGUGCCCUUGAUCUCACUCGAGGCAAUCGGGAACGUACAGUAUGACAAGAUAUUAUUAUAUAUUAGGAUCUAUUCAGAAGGCUAAGUUGUAGAGGACAAUAUAUUACCAAGAAGUUGUCUCUUUACACCCUCUUGAUAUUACUGACUCGGGUUUACUUUGCUUGCUGUGUUGAAUUGACCAGGAUUUUCAUCUCAACCGACAAGGAUUCCUGGUGUUAAAAAAGGAAGGGCUGCACGUGGUUGUAAGUAAUAUUUAAACUUUUCACACGCCGACGUGAUUCAUGCCCAUCCUCUGACGAUCACCACAAAUUUCGCCUGGGUUCGUGCACGUGGGCAAGGGAAAAUAGUGCCUAAUGCGAGACGUCUGCCAACUUGCAGUACCACGUUAUAUGAUGGCUGAUUUCGUUAUUAAAUGGAAUCUGUUCGUUGUCUUCACUUUCACGUUCGCGUGGUCGUUCUCCCAGCUAGACAGCAGCCCUGUGUUAUAUUGCCAGCCAGAGAAACACCCUUAUCUUGUGUGUCACAGUGCACCCACUAAGUGUGAUUACAAGUAUCGCAGCAAACACAAUCACAACCGACACAAUCAUGGCGCACCCACCUCACUGAAGGCCUUUCACACGGAGGGGAAACUUCGCCACUUCGGGACUUGGGGACUUCAGCACCCGGGUAUCUUAGUCGAGUGGGAGAAUGGCCGCCACGAAAAUUUGACAGACUUCAGAAUAUCAGCAAAGAUUCAGAGUGCUACCAGUAUUUAUUCCAUUGGCGAUGAACUAGUGUGUGCAAUACUCGACCGCGAAAUAAACUGGAAGAGGACGGAUCUCCAACCAAGAGUAAGGUUUCUUCAAAAUUUUUAUAGUCAUUGGUAUCUCUCAUCCUAGAAGCACAUUUCUCUCUCUCUCUCU